CAUCAGUGAUUUCCCAAUGUUUAAUCUACGAUUUGAGCGCCUUCUGGGUGUACUGCUGACAGCAGUACUGAUCCUUCGGGCCGUUUAUGCCCAUCCGCCAGCAACAACAACAUUGCCGGCAGCUCAGAUGAACAGUAAUGUGGAUGCAUAUGAUAGCAAAUUUGAUAACGUUGAUUUGGAUGAGAUAUUAAACCAGGAACGUUUACUCAACAACUAUAUCAAGUGUCUGGAGAACGCUGGACCCUGUACACCCGAUGCCAAGAUGCUGAAGGACAUCUUACCCGAUGCCAUGAUGACCGACUGUGUUAAGUGCACUGAGAAGCAAAAGUACGGCGCCGAUAAGGUUACUCGCCAUCUGAUUGACAAUCGCCCAGACGAUUGGCAGCGCUUGGAAAAGAUCUACGAUCCGCAGGGUUCCUAUCGCAUCAAGUACGAGGAAUCCAAGACCUUGAACAACGGAACAAAGGAAAAGAUUCAAGCUGAAGAUCUCGAUCAGGUCCAAGGCGAUUCCUAGUCGUUUCAGCCACAAUAUAUCAAGUGCUUAAUGCAACAAUUAUACAAGUUAACCUAAUGCAUCUACUACAUGCAUAUAUUUGUUUUUACAUCUUUUUUUUGUUUCACACAGCACAAUAUCACGUAAAUAAAUCAUAGUACGUAUAA